AAGGCGUUUUUUUUUUUCUUGCGCCUACCCGAUUACUUUGAUGCGCGAAGCUGGUGGAGCGCGAGGGGACGUCUCAGAGUUAAGAGAAAACUGAUAUGAAGAGGGGAUUUUCAAACCUAAAUGUCAGAAGAACACUUGAAGACUCAAAUUACGUCUCUUUGAAGCAUUUUGAAGCAAUAGUAUUCUUUUUUCUUUUUCGGCAGUAAUUAAAGUUCGGAGGCCAAGUUUUCUUGCGCCUUUUCCUCAGUGGUAGGCGAUGGCUGAACCUGCUGAAUUGCUGCUCAUCAGGGACCAGUAUGAGCUGGCGUUUCAUUCUUUGAGUCGUGGACUGGCUGCAGAAGAGGCAGAGAAAAGAGCCGAGGCCCUCGAGUAUUACAGGAAGGGUCGGCUGCACCUCACUCAGGGACUGGAGGUUCCCACUGGAGGGGAGCGGCAGCAGGGAGCAAACUGGGACACAGCCCGUCAGCUUCAACAGAAGAUGAGGGAUACUUUGAAGACAAUUGAGAUCCACCUUUCUGACCUGGAAACAUCUCAGCUUAUAACAGCAAACCAGAGGGACCAGCUGUUGAAAGAUCUUUCUGCUCCCCAACUUUAUCCAGACCUAGCACCUAGCGGCCAGCCUCCCCAAAGCUCUGUCCACCAUCUCUACCCCACCAUACCUUCUACCACCCACAACAUUGUCCCAACCCCCAACACAGUCCCUGUCAGUCCUGCUUCCCCUCCUGCUCCAGACACACUCCCUGCACUGGUUCCAGAGACUAUAGCCAUGGCCAGUCCAGCAGAGCAGCCUCCAGCGUACACACCACAGCCCACAGAUGGGCACCGUAUUCUGGCUUAUGCUCCUGUUGAAGGUGGCUUUUGUCCAGGAAGACAGACUGGAGCAGUAGCCGGAGAAAAUGGAACUGAACUGCUGUGCAUCCCUUCUGGAGUGCAGCUGUUUUUUGUGGCACCAAACGGGCAAGUCAGCUCACUCUCCUCUCCAGGCUACCUUCGCAUCAUUGUGGUGAACAGUCAGCAGGAUUCCCCUGCUGAAAAACCUGCAGUGUUUUUACAUGUAUGCGACUGGAUGUACCCACUGACAAAGGACACCCCAGUGCUGCUGGCUAACUCCGGGAUCUUCAUGUUCCCUGACUCCUUGGCAGAGAUGCCAGGGUGCUAUGCGGGUAUAGUGUUGUCUUCUGAACUGCCUCCUGCAGACCUGCAGACUUUUCAGGACCUCCUAUCACAGCUUGCUGAAUUCAGGAUCCAGGGUCCAGAGGGCACAGAGUCAGAGGUAAUCAACUUGAGUACGAAAGUCCCCCUUAAUCCCACAAAAGAGCAGGUAGAACCGACUGCAUCAGCAGGAGAGCAGGAAAAACUACCACUUCCUGGAUGGAGUGAGAAGAUGGGUCAAGGAAUCUUGACAGGAGCUCUUCGGUUGAGUGAGUCACUGGUUAAAGGAGCAGAAGUUACUGGUAGGGCUAUUCACAAAGGAGCAGCCAAGAUUCGAGACCAACUCACACCUGAAGAGACUCCUUCGGAGGUCAGCCCCAGUACCACCAAACGUCUGGAGAUGGCUAGAAAGGCCACUGGGGGUGCUGUUCGAGUCAGCCAGUUCUUGGUGAAUGGUGUAGGCACAGUGGCAGAAAAACUGGCAGAAAAGAUGGCACCUCAUGUGAAGAAACAUGGUGCAAAACUGGUUCCAGAAGCUUUGAAGAAGAAAGAAGAUGGCCAAGCUUCCAAAAUGGAUGGAGCCAAGUUUGUAGCAGUCACCACUGUGCAUGGUUUGGCUACCAUUUGGUCUAGUCUGGAGACUGGAGCAAAACUUGUUGGUAAAAGUGUGGCAGCAGAGACGGUCUCAACUGUGACUUACAAGUACGGCAGCAAUGCAGGCGAAGCCACAGAAACUGCUCUCCAGUCGGUGAUCAACAUUGGCGUGACUGCAAACAACAUCGAUAAUGCGGGCAUCAAAGCCUUUUUCAAGGCGGCCGGCAAGAAGACAACCAAGGAAUUAGUCGCAAACUCAAAUGAAGAGAAAGAGUUGCAGAAGGAAGAACAAGAGGAUGAGGCAAAAGAUGCACAGAAUAACAAGGAAGGAGAGAAGAAACAAUAGAUUUACAAUGCAUCUUAAGGCCUUCCUGUGUGUUUUGUCUUUAAGGUCUUCAUAAGGACCUUAUGAAAAAUAGACAUAUCAUGUCAUAUACAUGUGAACAUACUAGAAUUGAUUUAACAAUGAAUGGAGUUUUGCUUCUAAUUUUAACUUAUUUAAGUCUAUGUUUCUUUUAUAUACAGAUAUUCAUGUUAUAUGUACAGAAAGUCUUCAGAAUUGUAAUGUAUGUAUUCUUUUACUAAUGUGAUUAAAAGUUUUUCUAAUUUUUAGGCGCAUUUAAGCAUGAGAUGAAUUUAUAUAAUGUCUGCCAAAAACUGAUUGCUCGUAUUUAAACUGCUAUAAAUAACUUGAAGAUACUUAAAAUCAUGUAAUUUUUAAAUUUUAUGUAUAACCCCUUUGUAAACCCUGUUCACGGAAGUGUCUUUACCAAGAUACGCAAAGAUAUUCCACAAAAAAGCACACGGAAACAUUGGAAAUCAGUUUUUGGCAGGCGAUCACUUUUUGGCACAACACCGGAAACGACGGUUUCCGUAGAAACCAAAAAAGCUUAGAUUUUUUUCAGAAACAUGGCUAAAGCUACCGACGACUUUAAAUACGGUUUGGAACGGCUGCAGGAGGAACUGGAAAAGGAGAGGGAGAUGAAGUAAGUCUGAAAUAAUAACAGAAACACAUUUUUUGUUUGUUUAAAUAAAUUUUAACUUACACACUGCAAGAACAGCAUAACUUAGUUCUUGGUCGCAGAGAAAUGCUUGAAGGGUCAGUGUCUGAUCUGCGGAGUACGAUGAGUGAACUGCAAGAAAGACUGCACAGUGUUGACGGGGAAGGUGAGCAAAAUUAAAGUGAUUGGUAGAAUACACACUCUUCAGUCACAGGACAGUUUAUUAGGUACAGCUCGUCAGUACUGACUCCCCUUUGCCUUCAUGGCACAGAUUCAACAAGGUGCUGGAAACAUCAUCCUCUGAGAUUUUGCUCCAUAUUGACAUGAUAGGAUCACACAGUUGCUGCAGAUUUUUGGGCUACAUGACGUGAACCUCGUUCCAUUACAUCCCAAAGCUCCUCUACUGGAGUUAGACACCACAGUCACUGGUCACGGGAGUGGCACCCAGUGUGGUCUCUUGCUGCUGUGGCUUAGCUGCUGAUGUGUGUUCAGUUCAGUGUCUUACCUUUUGUACACCAUUCUCUGUAAGCUCUAAAGAUGGCUGUGUAGGCAAUUCCCAGCAAAGCAUCAAUUUCUGAAAUACUCAGACCAGCAUGUCUGGCACCAACAACCAACAUUCCAAGUCAUUUAAAUCAUCUUUCAUGAACUUCCGCAGGUUUGAGCAUGUCAACAUGCUCAAACCUGUUUUACUAGAUAUUUGUGCAAAAGAGCACUUGAACAGGUGUAAUAAACUGUCUAGUGAGUGUUUAAAUGUAUGUUAGUGUGUGUACUGUUUACCACCUGCAGUUGUCUCCAGGAAAUAGAAGUUGGACAUGUC